CAAACACCAAAAGAUAAAUUCUAUCUAAAAAUAACAAAUAAACGUAAAAGCAAACGUGAAUUGCGAACGGUGAAAUUUAAAAACAUCAAGGUUGAAACUGACAGUGACAUUAUCAAUCAGACAUCUAGAGAUGGACAUGCUAGUGAAGUUAUGUACCUGCUGUGUUUUAAGAGUACGAGUACGUAAAAACUGUUUCAAUAAAAACUGUAGUUUCAUUCAAAGGCUCAAGGAUGUCACGUAUUCAAAAAAUAUAUUUCAAACAAAAUACAUGCACGUACAACACUGCCGUGCUUAAAAGUUUUCAAUUUAACACGUCAAGUAUAAUUUAUUUAUUUAUUAAGGAUAUAAACACACUUGCGAGUACUGUACAUAGUGCAAUUAUAUAUUUAAUUAUAGUUAUGGAAAAGUAAUAUUCGAAUAGUAUACAAUUAAAUUUAAGGAAAGAAUCAUGAAAAUGAUUUAAUUCUGGUAUAGCCUUAUAAAUAAUAUUGUACUGCGAACACGUCAUACGGAGGAUAAACGAUUGAGAAUCAAAAUUAUUUAUAACACAAGGGAUGUGAUUGCGAAUGAUUGUACUGAUAUGAUAUGUCAUUCAUGCUGCAAAAAACUUGAAGAUUUCUAUGAUUUUAAACUGUUGAUUGAAAGGUCUGAUUUAAAGCUAAAUAAAAUUAGAAAAGUGUUUAAAUUUAAUACUAUAGAUGAAGUUAAGCUUACACUUGAAGUUGAUAAAAAAUGUUUGAAUAGUGACUUAAAUUGCAAUAUUAUUAAAAAUGAGAGUGAUCAUAUCUAUUAUAACAAUACUUUAAUAAAAAGACUAAAUAAAGAUAAAGAAAACAAACCCCUACCGGUAGACGAUUUUCUAAAAUCUGUAAAAUAUGAAAAUAAUGAAAAUGAAUAUAUGGAAUUUUCUGAAAACGAUACAAGUUUGGAGCAUGAAGACUAUAAUUAUAAAUUAAAGAAGAAAGAGAAGAGGAAAAAUAAAGAAAAUGAUAAAAAAAGUAUUUGUAUAAAACCAGUAUAUCAAAAAGAUUUGAGAGUAAUAAAAACUAACAUCCCAAAAAAUAACAAACUAAGAAGUAAAAUCCAAGAUCAACCACAUACACUGAGAGAAGAUAUUUGUCCAUACUGUGGGAAAAAGACUAAAGCUAUAAGGAGUCAUAUGUUACAACAUACAGCUGAAAGGAAGUUUAGCUGCAACAACUGUAACAGAAGCUUUUACACAAAAAAAAACUUAGAGACGCAUAUGAAGACGCAUUAUAUGGAUCCAAAAUUUAAAUGUGACCUCUGCAUUGCCAGUUUUUGUUUUAAGGGAGCAUUAGCAAGACAUAUGGUAGCUCAUACAGAUGUCAGAGAAUUUACCUGUAAAAUAUGCGAAAAAACCUUCAAAUGGAAAAGUGGUCUGCACCGACACAUGCUCGUGCAUAAUUUUGCGAAACGAUUCAAUUGUGAAAUGUGCAAGAUGUCUUUCGCUACAAAGUACGCGUUCCAACAUCACUACCGCGUACAUACUGGAGAAAGACCUUACAAAUGUGAGCUUUGUUCGCAGCCUUAUAGUUACAAGCGAGACUUUAACAGGCACUGCCUAAAAAAACACGGUGUACUCGUGGACCGCAGACCAGUAAAUGUAAUGAACGAAGAGGUAUUAAAGCAAGAGCAAAUAUUGAUGAAAGAUCUUAUUUUACGUAUGCAUGGAAUUAAAACAGAAAGAGAACCAUUGGACUAUUUUCAAGGGCCGCAAGGUGCACUGGCUUUCGCAAAAGCCGUCAAAGUAAUGCAAAGCAAAGAAAUAGUUGUUGAUGUUAAUUUAUGAAACAUAAAAUUUUGAAUGUUAUGUUUAUUGUUA